AUGCCCGCUUCCGUUCGGAAAAAAGCUGGUCGAUCGUCACCAAAAAACAAACAAGCAGCAACAACUAAAUCGAAAAAACGUACACUCGAAGACGACAGUGAUCUUCACGAUGAUUUACACAAUGGAGAUAGCCAUCCACAAAAACGAACUAGGCCAGCACCUGAUGUCGUUCAUCUGACAAACGGUCAUGCAACAAAGGCCAAAUCGCGUGCAAAAACUCCUUCAGCAUCAUCCGUCGUCAAUGUGUCUUGUCCAUCGUUUUCGCUUUCAACGGCUGGUCAAGUCUUAGCUGUUGGUGAUAAUGGCAUGGCACAACUGGGUUUGAAAAGUGCGAUUAGUGAACGACAAAAUCCUCAACCAGUACCAUUACCUGAACUUGUUGUACAAAUCGCUUGCGGUCCGCUGCAUUCCGUUUGUUUGACACAAAAAAAUCAAAUCUAUACAUUUGGUUGUAAUGAUGAACAUGCAUUAGGCAGAGCGGAUGUCAAUGACGAAGAUGACGACGAAGCUGAUCAAUUUGGAUUAGUUGAUCUGAGUGGAGUUAUGGAUGUUAAUCAAGAAAAGAUUGUUCAAAUAGUAGCCGGCGAUAGUCAUACAUUAGUAUUAUCGGAUGCGGGGAAAGUUUAUGGUUGGGGUACAUUUCGUUCGAGUACAGCGGGCGUAUAUGGUCUCGUACAGAAAGGUGUUAUGGCAAAGACUCCUGUUGAAAUAGUUUUACCGGAAAAAAUUGUGAAAUUAGCAAGUGGUUAUGACUUUGUUUUGUUUCUCAGUGAAACUGGACAUGUUUACUCGUGUGGAAACGGUGAAACGGGUCAACUUGCUCGAUUAAAUCGUUACGCAGCCGAAGAUGGCCUACGCGGUGGCAUUGAUCGACUAAUCCGACCUGCACCGAUCAUUUAUAAUCGAAUGGGAAUUAAAGCAAGAAAUUUACUAUUUGACGAUAUUUUCACUGGCUCACAUCACUUCUUUUUGAAAGUACAUGGUCAUGAUUGGAUCUUAGGUGGCGGACUAAAUAAUUUUAAUCAACUCGGUUUACCAUCCGAUGAACCAGUUUAUUUUCCGACAUUUAUUCCAUCCCUCGAAGGUAAAAAAUGGGUGAAAUUUUCCGGUGGACUACAUCACACACUUGGUCUCACUGCAAAUGGUGAAGUAUAUGCUAUAGGCCGACAUCAUGAAGGUCAAUUGGGUAUUGAUCAAUUGACCGGACAGCUCACUGAACCAACAUUGAUCCCAAACCUAUCGGAUAUUGUUGACAUAUCUUGUGGCAAUCAUGUUUCAUUUGUGAUCAAUCGAUCUGGUAAAGUCUUUUCAUUUGGAGCUGGCACGUCCUUACAACAUGGUCAUGGUCAACAAGAUGUAAAAAUUCCGCGAAUGAUGUCAUCGAAAUACAUGGAUAUUAAAAUGGCUCUUAAUAUAGCUGUUGGCGCUCAGCACACCUUAUUUCUUACACAUGAUAACCCUAAAAAAGAUGAAAAUUAG